AUGGAUCAUCAUUCCGAAUUCUUUGAAAACAAAGAACUUUUUGAAGAAAUUAAGGAAGCAAUGAAUAAAAGUCAUGAAGAAGGGGCUGCUAAGAUCAUGGAGAUUUUGGAUCAGCAGAAAAACACUCCACUAAAUAUUGCCAUCACUGGAGAAUGUGGUUCUGGGAAAUCCACCUUUGUUAAUGCUCUUAGAGACCUAUCAGAUGAAGAUGAGAACUCUGCGCCUACUGGUACAGUUGAAACCACCAAAGAGGCCACACUAUACACUUAUCCAAAUUAUCCCAAUGUUAAAAUAUGGGAUCUUCCUGGAAUUGGCACCGCAAAGUUUCCAGCUGCUAAGUACCUAGAGCAUGUUGAGUUUCAGAAGUUUGACUUCUUCAUCAUUAUCUCAGACACUCGCUUCAGGGAAAAUGAUGUGAAACUUGUUCAUGAGAUUCAGAGGAUGAAGAAAAAGUUCUACUUUGUUCGCUCAAAGAUUGACAACGAUUUGCGUAUGGAACAAAAAAAGAAAGUAUUCAAUGAAGAGGAGACUCUUUCCAAAAUCAGGAAUAACUGUACUGAAGAGCUUCAAAAUGCAGGUCUAGAGUCCCACCAAGUAUUCCUGGUGUCCAGUCCUGAGCCCCGCAAGUACGAUUUCAGCCUUUUAGGGGAGACUCUUGAAAAGCAACUUCCUGCACAGAAAAGGCAUGCUCUGCUGUUGGCCAUGCCCAUCAUCAACCUGGAGAUAAUCAGCAAGAAGAAGGAGAUAUUUCAGGACAAGAUAAAAUAUUAUGCUGCUGUAGCAGUUAUUUCCUCAUGUUGUCCUGUUUUGGAUGAUGUCAUCAAUGAAUACCAAUCUGCGUUUGGUUUCGACUGUGAGUCACUGCAGAAACUUGCCGAUAGAAUAGGACUGCCUUUGAGUGAUUUAAAAGCUGUCAUGAAAUCUCCUCUUGCUGAUAAAGAAAGGGUCAAAGCUCUUUUCACAGACAUUCUGUCACUAUCGAUUGAAGUGUGCCAGUCCACGCAGACGAUUGGCUGCGUAGGGAUUCCAUGA